UGUUUCUGAUGCCUGGGGUACAGCAGCGGGACAGCAGGUUCAACCAUAGUCCCAGGCGGACUUAUCAAUAACGGUACUACUUUAUUACUAUCCCUGCAGGAGCUCGCUGUAUUGAAACCUCAAUUUUAAAUUCAAACGCACUUGUUUUUUUCCUGAUUGAACAGACACUGAAUAUUUUCCAAUUAGUCAACACCGGCUUUUUGUUCCCAUCAGUCAUGGCGAUAGCCCACGUAGCUACCGAGUACGUUUUUUCCGACUUUUUGUUGAAGGACCCCACGGAGGCGAAGUACAAAGGGGUGCGUCUGGAGCUGGCUGUGGAUAAAAUAGUCACGUUUCUGUCAGUGGGCCUGCCUUUGUUUCUCAUCUCACUCGCUUUCGCUCAAGAGGUGUCAGUUGGUACUCAGAUCAGCUGCUUUGCUCCCACUAACUUCUCUUGGAGACAGGCUGCAUAUGUGGACUCAUUCUGUUGGGCAGCAGUACAGCAACAGGCUGACAGUUCACCACUAUGGCUGCACAAGUUCUUCCCAUACAUCCUGCUCUCACUGGCUAUCCUCUUGUAUAUCCCGGCCCUGUUCUGGCGUUUUACUGCAGCACCACAUCUCUCCUCUGACCUCAACUUCAUCAUGGAGGAGUUGGACCGCUUUUAUAAUCGUGCUAUCAGACUGGCAAAGAAUCUAGUGUCCUUAGAUAGCAAAGAUGGACCUGAGGACACCCAGAGUGCUUUGGACCUAACAGAAGGUUGUUUCAAAUACCCUUUAGUGGAGCAGUAUCUCAAGACCAAACGUUUCUCUCACUGCCUCGUGGUCAAGUAUCUUGUAUGUCGGGGUUUGACUCUGCUGAUCCUCCUGCUGGCCUGCAUUUACCUUGGCUACUACAUCCGCUUGGCCUCUCACACUGAUGAGUUUGCUUGUGACCUGCGCACAGGGGUGCUGAAAAAUGACAGCACGGUGCCCUCCGCUGUGCAGUGUAAGCUUGUGGCAGUAGGUGUCUUCAGGCUGCUCAGCUACAUUAACCUGGGAGUGUAUGUGCUUCUUGCUCCACUGGUGGUGUAUGCUGCUCUCGGGCCAGCUCAGCAGAGCUCUGGGUUUCUCCGGCCUUACGAGAUACUGCCAGGCUUUGGCUCUUUGGGUGUUGUCACACCUGUCUACAAUGACCUCAGUAUAUAUCUGCUGUUCCUGCGGGAGAACCUCAGCGAACUCAAGUCAUUCAAAUGUCUGCAGGUGCUUGAGUUGUUGCAAGAGGCUGAUGAAGAGGGGCUCGACACAAUGUGCCUACUGCAGACUCUGGGUCAGGUGAAGACUGAUGUGCUAGACAGUAAGAAGACGUGCCAGCGCAAGAACAAAGAAAAAUGUAAAGCUGAGGGUUAACUCUUCUGAGGUGAGGACCAACAUUUGGUCUUCUAAUGACGUUCUAAGUGUAAUGUAAAAGAAAUGAAGUUAUUAUGUGAUGGAGUUAUUUUUAAUGUGUUUAAUUUUCCUUUAGAUACCACACUGUUUUUAAAUAAUUGACAUGAUUAUGGGAAUGAGCACUGCUUAGGUGGACAAAAGAAACUGAACAAUUCUGCACUAACCUUUGUCUGAAUAUGAGUUUGGGGAUAGAGCUCACUUUCAACACUUUACUCAAGGAUGUCAGGAGUCUCCGGAGAUUAAGUCAAGUUGUCUUUUAAGUUGAGUCUUGGUUAUGGAGAUGUUGUGAAUGACUUCUAAAGGGAGAAUGAAGCAGACACUGUUUGUAAGGUAUUGUGAGAACUCCAGGAACAGCUUGCUCUGGACUGUAAAAUGUAUCUGUUUCUGGGCAGAUGUACUUUGAAAACAGUGGCUCACUACCUGUGCGUAUUGAAAGUAAUAGAAGACCAUGGAUCUUUUGAAUUAGUGGACCGAUGAUGCUUGCAAAUAUGAAUGGAUAUAUUGGGAGACAAAGAUAUGUAACUGUCAUAUAUUAUGAAUUUAUAAUUAAAGAAUGUU